AGAGAAUGAGCGUGCUCUACGACGAAGCCGUUCUCCACGAAGUCGACUCAUUUUGAAAAAACCCGUUGAACGCGUUAGAUGUUGUUGCGUUGUCGCUGCGCUGAAACGAAACGAAGAAAAGAAAAAAGAAACGAAACGCGCGUAAGGGCCUAAAAGGAUACGAUAUUUGUGCAAAAUUGUUAUUAUUAAACAAAUGCAAAAUACACAUGCACAUGUGCUAUUUAAACAAAACCUAAAGCUGUUGAAUUGUCAUCGUCGUGGUCAUCGUUGGUUCGUUUGUACGCGCGUGUAAAUGUUUGUGCUUUUUGUUUCUUUGAUGCGCUGGAGAUAAUAAAACAAAAAACGAAUUGUUGCGAGUGUAAAUUAUUAAAAAAAAAGUGUUUGAUGCCGUAUUAAAUGUUGAAAUGGUUUUAUCCAACUGAAUGUGAAAAUACGGCAACAAGAAAUAGUAGUCGCUUGAAAAAGAGUAAUAGAAGUAAAUGAAUGUGAGUGUAAUUAAGAUGGAAACAUAAAGUGCUAACUCAAUAGAAAAUACAAAGGGAAAUCAAAACUAAAAUUUCCUCAAAAAUCUACAAGACCAAUAAAAUAAUUCGUGAGGUUUGCUUGCUCCCUACUCCUUUGUGGCUUUUCUUUGCUUAAGUGCGACUGUCUGUUUGUGGUCUUUCUUUCACAGCAGAAGAAACUUGUUUUUUUCGUUUCAAAAGAAACGUUGAAAGUGAAAAUAUUUCUAUGUGCUUAACUUUUAAACGUGAUUUGAGCAAAAGUAUUUAUUACCCAGAAAACCAUUAAACUAUUCUCAGUUUAUAAAAUAAUAUUUUAUGAUAUUUUACUUUGCACCUUUUCUUCAUUUGUUUUAAAUUAAUUCUUUUGUGAAAUUUUUUUUUCUGUUUCUGUGCGAUAUGCAGUGAAUGUACCGCAGGGUGUGAUUGUGUGCGUGUGUGCCUGUUGUGUUUCUUCUUUUUAAUGCUGUUCUCUUCGUAUUAUUACUACGACUCACACGGCCUGUUGUGACUCCCUACUCCGACUAUGUGCAUCUCUGUCUAACCUCUUUGGGGGAUAUACAUUCAAUAUGACGAGUUAGCAGUCAAAGGCAACAAAAAAUUUAGUAUGAAGUGUAGUACACAAAAACCAAAAACAACAACGACAAAUUUUUGAAUAGCAACGACAAGCAGCCAGGCAGGCAAUGGCAGCAGUUGAUUACAAACACAAACAUGCACACAUUAUUAAAGAAAAUGCCCUGAAAGUGUUUGAAAAGAAAAUCCCUUACAAAAUUAUUUUGUUGUUGUGAAAUUAACAUAAAUCUAAAACCCCAAAAAAGAAAAGUGUGAAGUUAAAUCUUAACUCCCAAAAAAACGUGUUAAAAUACCUUCAGUGGGAUCACCACCACCACCACCACACCACUCCCAUCCUCUUAAGAAUAUUACACAAAAGCUUUUAACAACAAAAUAAAAACCUCCAACAACAACAAGUAAAAUUAAACGAAACAAAAAACAUGUUUGCUGAAGGCAUAUUUCCCAUAGGCGAUGGCCUUUUGGACAUUGAUGAGGAGCGUCUUAAAGGUUUGCUGGUUCCCGAAGAUAUCAACGAAAUCUAUGAGGUGGAACAAACUCCAUUUGCCAGAGGAAAAUUUGCAGCUGUACGCCGUGCAAUACACAAAAAUUCCGGAGUUCAUUUUGCAGCAAAAUUUCUAAAGCGGCGAAGACGUGCCCAGUCUUCAGAUAAAGAAAUCAAACAUGAAAUAGCUGUGCUAAUGUUAUGUAACGAAGCUGAAAAUAUUGUCAAAUUAAAUGCUGUACACGAGUCAAGAUCCGAUACAGCGCUUCUAUUGGAAUUAGCGACUGGCGGUGAAUUGCAAACAUUUCUCGACAAUGAAGAAUGUCUCAAUGAGGGCCAGGCACGCAGUUGCAUGCGUGAAGUACUUAAAGCAUUACAAUUCUUGCACAAACGAUCCAUUGUUCAUUUAGAUUUAAAACCACAAAAUAUCCUGCUUAGUGGAGAACGUGUUGAAGAUGGUCUUAAGUUAUGCGAUUUCGGUAUUUCACGCGUUGUUACCGAGGGUACCAAUGUGCGUGAAAUUGUCGGCACACCCGAUUAUGUUGCACCCGAAGUCUUACAAUACGAACCCCUAUCACUGUCCACCGACAUUUGGUCGGUGGGUGUUUUGACCUAUGUCCUUUUGUCUGGAUUUUCCCCAUUCGGGGGAGAUACCAAACAGGAAACCUUCCUUAAUAUAUCACAAUGUGCACUAACAUUUCCGGAUAAAUUAUUUGGAGGCGUCUCAUCGGCAGCCAUUGAUUUCAUACGCAAAGCAUUGCGAAUAAAGCCAAGUGAUCGCAUGACUGCUGCAGGAUGUCUCGAACACAUUUGGCUUAAAGACGAAUGUAGCAUCGAUAGACAUAUUUUCAAAAGCCAACUCAGCAAUAAGCAGCAAUUGGAACAUGAUGAUGAUGAGGAGUUGGAGUUGGAGGAGGACGACGUGGAUAUUGAUAGCGAUGAACGUGCCAGUAGUAGUGGGGGAGCCAUCGACCAUGAUGUGGAUGUUGCGGAAACAAAGAGAUUGGAACUAAAUCACCAGCCCAACAGCCCCAGCUGUACCAACAUUGCAGUGGAUGAUGAUGAUGAUGAGGUAGUUGUUAAAGCUAAACCCGAAGCUAUAAGUGUAGACAAUUCCGAGGAGGAAGAUGAUCUAUUGACAUCAUCCGAAUCGUCGCACAACAACAAACAUGGCAAAACAAAUGGUUAUGCAGCCACUACCACAAUCACUAAUGGUGUUCAUAUGAAUGGGCAUGCAAAACCCUAUUCAAAUGGUCACACCAUGAGGAAUGGUGGUGGUGGUGGUAUAUCCAAUGGUCACACUACAACAAAUGGUUAUGCUAAAACCCCCAAGGCCAAUGGUUCGGCCAACAAAACUCCCACUUCCCCCACAUCCUCAGGCGGCAGUAGUAAGACUGCCUCAAUACCUACAACCAAAACUACAGUGGUUCAUAAUGUGCCAGCGACAGCAACAAAAGCCAUUACCAUUCCCCUGGGCAGUGUUCAAACACCAAUGGCGAUGGUGCCACCCUCAACAGCAACAUCACAACAGCAACAUUAUGUUGGUACAUUAGUAACAACACCUCAAGAAAUGCAACAUCACCAACCACAACAACAGCAACAACAACAACAAUUUCUACACAUACCCGCUCGACGUCAAUCGUCCGAGUCGAAUAAAGAAAAUACAUUUCUAACCACCAAGAAAAUUGCCCCCUCCCCCCUAAGCUGUGGCAUGAAAAAACCCCAUCUAACAGUUGCACAAUCCAAUACCUCCACAGCAACCAUUGUCAUUAAUCCCAGCAUGGGCAAUGCUCUUGCCAAUAAUAUAGUGGCUACCAUAACCUUGCCCUCGACAGCGGCAAUGGUAUGUUCGAACGUUUCCACCACCUCCUCCUUUUCAUCCUCCUCAACAAUGUCACCCUCUAAUGUCAAUGUUACAAAUGAGAAAUUAAUAAAUGUUAUGCCAUCAUCACAUACUGCCACCAACAAUACUAUGGGUACUACUACAACAGCUACUACAGCCACCAACCACAACAACAAUAAUUCUUUUUUCCCAGAUGCUCCUACUACACCCAAAGUUAUACGCAAGGCACCAAAUUCGGACACAUCUCCCACCUCUGUUAAGGCUUUAGUAAAGAAAUUCCAAUUGGAAGGUGGCGAACAGCCGCUAAGCCCACCUGAAUUUGCCACCAAUGGCUCCAAGCACCAGCAGCAGCAGCAGCAUCAUCAGGCACAGGUCCUGAUGCAGCCACAGCAGGCGCCUCAUGCAGCACUGAAAGCAGUAACAAACGAAACGAAAACGAAAUUCCUCAAUGGCAGUGGUGGCCGAUCAUCUAUGCCAAAAUCUCCUCCUACACUUACGCUUUCCACGGCCAUUAUCAUAAACAAUAAUACCUCCUCGAGAAGAGCCUCCGAGCCCAUAACGGCUAUACACCAUAAUACCAAUAAGAAGCUGGCUUCGUCGGCUCCGGUUUCCCAACCACCAUCUAUGGCCAGCAAUAAUAGUUAUAAAACAAUGUGUGUCUAUUGUAAUUCCUGCAAUGCAGCGGUGGCCAAUAAUGGAUGCAGGCAUCCCACAUCGACAACAACGACAGUACAUGUGGCCUCCCAUAAGAAUGGCACAACAACCACCUCCACCUGUGGUGGCGCCAAUUUCAGCCAGAGCACCAAAUCAUUGAUUAAUGGCAGCAGUAGCAAUGGCAGCCUCACCAGCAGUUCCAGUAACGGCACCACAAUUACCACCUCAUCCUCCAACGCUUUGCUAUUUGGUGGAGGCUCCAAUCAGCAACAACAACAGCAGCAGCAGCAGCAACAGCAUCACCUCUUGAAUUCCCACCACUCGCAUCAUCAUUCACAUAAUCACCAUGCCCAUCACCUUCACCACCACCAUCCGCAUUCCCAUCUGCAUCAUCAUGGGGUGGUGAAAAGUGCCGCUGGCGCCGCCGCAAAUGGUUUGAGCUUAGAUCAGGGUAUUAUUUGUUAGCUAAGGGCCUCUAGGGCGCGAAGGAAUGCCAAAAGUUUCUUUCACCGUUUCUUAUGUUGCAUGUAGUAUAGGGAGAAACCCAUCAAUAAGCCCCCCAACCAUAAACAAAAUAAUAAUAAAAAUAGCCGUAGUAGUACUAGUUAUACGUAUUAUAAUUAUUUAAUAACAAAACGAAAAAAGUAUUUUAGUUACUUUUUAUGUUGUACAGAUGAUGGUGGUGGUGGUGGUGUAGCCUAUGAAGAAUUUGUUUAAGAUGACCAAUGUCCUGCGUGUUAAGUCUUAUUGGGGAAAAAGGAAACGAAAUAAAGGAAACAAAAGAAAUAAAAACGUUCAGCCAAACAGGAAGAGGAGGUAAGAUGUCCUAUAUAUUUAUUAUGUAGGUACUAGCAAGCAAGUUGGUCUAUUUGCAACUUUGGAAACGAAAAGGUUUUUGUCAUUUUCGAUUUAUCUAAACCUUUUUUUUCUUAACCCAAUUUGUACUUUUGGUCUCUAUACGGCUUGAGGUAUCUCAGAUGACAAUAUUUUUUUCGUUUGCUAAUGUAGAUGGAAUUUAUUUUAUACGGAAAAAAUUAAACUUAACUUCCUUUGGGUUUUCUUAUUGUCUCUUAUUGGUUUAAAAGAGGUUCCCUUUCUUUCAAAACUCAUGCAUAGACCAAAACUCAUGCAUAGAUCUAAAUAUAUCAAAUAUAUUUUUUGUGGCUAUAUGUCAAAAUUUCCUACUUACCCUUAAGUUAUAUCGCCAAUUAUGGCAAUUUUGGAUCCCCAAUAUUAGCAAACUGUAAUAUUUUUCCUAAAGUGAAUUGUCGCCAAAUUACAAUCUAUCUUUAACCUUUUUUAAAUUUAAAACUUUCGAAAGAGAGAUUCCCAAACAUAUAAUUUUUUUAAAAGAACAUGUCCCCAAACACAUCUCAAACUUUGGAAAUGUCCCCAAACAUAUAAUUUUUUUAAAAGGACAUGUACCCAAACACUUUCCUAAUAUUCCAUUAUCCUAAUACAAGUAUAUUGUUUGGGCCUACAUGAAAAAAAUUUCUACUUGCCCUUAAAUUAUAUCGCCAAUUAUGGGAAUUUUGGAUCCCCAAUUUUAUCAAAAAAAAUAUUUUCCUAAAGUGAUUUGUCCCUAAAUUAUAAUAUAUUCUUAACCUUUUUUAAACUUAAAACUUUUGAAAGCAAUAUCCCCAAACAUAAUUUUUUUUAAACGUGUCCCCAAAUACGUCUCUCACUUUGGAAAUGUCCCCAAAACCCAAAAACUUCCCUAAAAUUCCAUUAUCCUAAUACUAGUAUAUUGUUUGGGCCUACAUGAAAACAAUUUCACCUUGCCCUAAAAUUAGAUUACCAAUUAUGGCAAGCUUGGAUCCCCAAUAUUAGCGAACAUUAAUAUUUUUCCUAAAUUGAAUUGUCCCUAAAGUAUAAUAUAUCCUUAACCUUUUUUAAACUUAAAACUUUUGAAAGAAAGAUCCCCAAACAUAAUUUUUUUUUUAAACAUGUCCCCAAACACGUUUCUCACUUUAGAAAUGUCCUCAAACAUAUAUUUUUUUAAAAGAAUAUGUCUCCAAACACAUCUCUAAUGUUCCAUUAUCCUAAUACAAGCAUAUUUUUUGAAUCGAUAUAUGGCAAAAAAUUAUUUUAAAGAAACAUGCCCCCAAACACGUCUCUAACUUUGGAAUGUCCCCAAACAUAUAUUUUUUUAAUGACAUGUCCCUAAAUACGUCUCUAACUUUGGAAAUGUCCCCGAACAUUAUUUUUUUUAAUGACAUGUCCCUAAAUACGUCUCUUACUUUGGAAAUGUCCCCAAACAUUAUUUUUCCUAAUAGGAAUUUGUCACCAAAUAGUAAUAUUAUAAAAUAUCUUUACAAUAAUAAAACUGCCCGAAAUCAUGAUUAAGAAAUCAAUCUGCUUUGAAUACAAAUGUGAAAUUAUCGCCGAAAACCAUAUAAAAAAAUAAAUCCCAAUUUUUCCAAAAAGAAAAUGUCCUUAAACUUGUCAUUAACAUGGGAUAUGUUUUAAAAUAUGUGGCAACAAUCUCCCCAAACAUUUGUUUUAAUAAAUAUUUGAAUUAUUUUCCCGAAAGCUAAUUUUCGUCCAAUUGAAUAAUCAACCCGCCUUGAAAAUUCGUACAACAUGUCCUCAAAAUCAGAUUAAAAGAAAUUGUCUCCAAACUCUUUAAAAAUGUAAAUGGUCCCAAAUAUGUCAUUAGUUUGGGAAAUAUCCGCAAACAAAGCAUGUCUUUGGAGUUUAUUUACCCAAAUUGUUAUAUUAGGAAAUAUCUUCAAAAUAAAAAAAACUGUCGUGAAUCAUGAUUAAGAAAUCAAUCUGCUUGGUAUAUAAAUGUGAAAUGUUCCCUAAAAACCAUAAAAAAAACUCCCAAGAAUGUUUUUCAAAAAGGAAAUGUCUUUAAACUUCUCAUUAGUUUCAUAUAUUCUAAAAUCAAUCAAUCACAAAUCAACAAUCUCCUCAAACAUUUUUUUUAAGAAAAUAUUCCCAAGCAUGAAUAUUAUUCCAGAAAGUGAGUUUUCCUCCAAAUAAUAAUCAACCCGCCUUUAAAAUUCAUAUGAAAUGUCCCCAAAAUCAGAUUACUAGAAAAUGUCUUAAAACUUGUCAUCAAUUUGAGCCAAAUCCUUUGUGGCAAGAAUAUCCCCAAAAAAAUUUUUUUUUAAAUAUUCUCAACCAUGAAAAUUUUUCCCGAAAGUGAAUUUUCCUCCAAUUGAAUAAUCAACCGCCUUCAAAAUUCAUAUGAAAUGUCCCCAAAAUCAGAUAAAAAAAAAAAAAAACCCCAAACUCUUUAAAAAAAGUAAAUGGUCCCAAAUAUGUCAUUAAUUUGGGAAAUAUCCCCAAACAAAAAUUAUUUUUGCUGCUUAAUUUGUCUACUUACAGGCAAAAUAUGUUCUUGGAGUAUGUUUACCACACCAUGGUUGGUUUUUUUUAACAGAUAUGGUAACCCCAAAUUAAUAUAACAGCAUAUAAUUCCCCAAUCAGACUAAAAGAAAAUAUCCCCAAACUCUUAAAAAAAAGUAAAUGGGAAAUAUCCCCAAACAAACAUUUUUUUGCUGCUUAAUUUGUCUGCCAGUUGAAUAAUCAACCCGCCUUGAAAAUUCAUAAGAAAUGUCCUCAAAAUCGGAUUUAAAGAAAAUAUCUCCAAAUUCUUUAAAAAAAAUAAGUAAAUGGUCCAAAUAUGUCAUUAACUUGAUUUGCUGCUUAUUGGCAAAACAUAUCCUUGGAGUUUAUUUACCACACCAUGGUUGAUUUUUUAACAGACAUGGUAACCCCAAAUUUAUAUAACAGCUUAUAAUUCCCCAAUCAGAUUAAACGAAAAUAUCCCCAAACUCUUUAAAGAAAAUGUAAAUGAUCCCAAACAUGUCAUUAAUUAGGGAAAUAUCUCCAAACAAAAAUUUGUUUGCUGCCUAUUGGCAAAACAUGUCCUUGGAGUUUAUUUACCACAUCAUGGUUGAUAUUUUUUAACAGAUAUGGUAAUCUCAAAUAAAUAUAACAGCAUAUAUUCCCCCGUUAAACAAAAGCAGCAUAUAUAAAUCGGUAGAAACGUAAACAAAAAAUAAAAAAAGAAGAAUGUUUUGGGUUUAAAAUUAACGUAAAAUGUUCAAGACAGUAAGUUCAUACACUUUAAGCAUAUCUACUUUACCGUAUCAAAUCCUUAAUGAACCCCAAGGCAGCCGGCAGAUUGACCCAAUGGAGUCCUUCGUCGGCAAGGGCUGCCGCCUCAUUGGUCGAUUAAGACAUCCAUUCCAUUAUUUAGUUUGUCAACAGACUCUCAUUGUGACCUAACCUAAUCUAGAGCUUUCAGUGACAUAUUGACAAAAAUAAGAAGUCCAUCCUUUCUUUUCCAGUCAAAGUCAGUCAGAGAAUUCACGCAAUGUUGUUGUUAUUGUUGUAGCCGCAUUUGCAUUUGGAGGUGGCGAUCCUCGUCUAGCUGCUAUAGGUGAGCUAACUCGUUCCGGUCCAUACGACCUAUCGUCGCGGGAAUAUGGCCACUAGUAGUUUAAAGGCGUCAAUAACUUGCCUUGUUAUAACGAGCUUCAUAGGUACUCAGUAUUUAAGCAAGAACCGGUGCCGCCCGGCCUCUCUUUGAGACGCUCCACUCGAUUGUUUGGGACUAUAGUUGCUGCGCGGACUCGACAAAAAAAGGAGGCCCCUUAGCUAUGUCCGUCUAUUUGUCUCUCCGUCCGUCUGUCUGUACACCUGUCCUUGUUAAUUUGUGUACAAACUACAGGUCGCAAUUUUCAUCCGAUCGUCUUCAAAUUUGGUAGUGGCAUGUUUUUCGGCCUCGAGACGAAGCCUAUUGAAAUUAGAAAGAAUCGGUUCAGAUUUGAUUAUAGCUUCCACAUAUAUUUUCGUCCGAUUUGCAUUAAUAAUGCAAUAAAAUGGUCAUUUGUUAACCGAUUUGACAGGAAGGAUUCUCUUAUGACUCUCGAUAUUAAUGGUGAAUAUCGUAGAAAUCUGUUCAGAUUUGGCUAUAGCUCCGAUUUGCAGCAAUACAGCAAUAAUACGGUCAUUUUUUACCUGAUUCUCUGGAAAUUUGUCAGGAAGGAUUUUCUUAUGACUCUCGAUAUAACUAGAGAAUUUCAUAGAAUUCGGUUCAGAUUUGGAUAUAGCUCCCAUAUAUGUGUCCGUCUGAUUUGCAGCAAUACAUCAAUAAAAUGGUCAUUUGUUAAUAGAUUCUCUCGCAUUUUGACAGGAAGGAUUUUUUUAUGAUUCUUGAUGUUACUGGUGAAUUUCAUAGAUGUCGGUUCAGAUUUGGCAAUAGCUCCCAUAUAUAUGUUCGUCCGAUUUGCAGAAAUACAUCAAUAAAAUUGUCAUUUGUUAAACGAUUCUCUCGCAAUUUGGCAGGAAGGAUUUUUUUAUGACUCUCAAUAUUAAUGGUGAAUAUCGAAGAAAUCAGUUCAGAUUUGGAUAUAGCUUCCAUAUAUUAGUCGUUCGAUUUGCUGUAAUAAUGCAAUAAUAUGUUCAUUUGUUAACCGACUCUCUCGAAAUUUGACAGGAAGGAUUUUCUUAUGACUCUUGAUGUUAUGGGUAAAUUUCCUAGAUGUCGGUUCAGAUUUGAAUAUAGCUCCCAUAUAUAUGUUCGUCCGAUUUGCAGUAAUACAUCAAUAAAAUGGUCAUUUGUUAACCGAUUCUCUCGUAAUGUGACAGGAAGGUUUUUUUUUAUGCCCCUCGAUGUUACUGGUGAAUUUUUAAGAAUUCGGUUCAGAUUUGGAUAUAGCUCCCAUAUAUAUGUCCGUCCGAUUUGCAGUAAUUCACCAAUAAAAUGGUCAUUUGUUAAACGAUUCUCUCGAAAUUUGGCAGCAAGAAUUUUCUUAUGACUCGAUGUUACUGGUGAAUUUCAUAGAUGUCGGUUCAGAUUUGGAUAUAGCUCUCAUAUACAUAUAUCGCCCGAUUUUCACUCCUAGACCCACUGCAAAGCGCAUUUAUUGACCAAUCUUCCCAAAAUUUUGUACAACGCUUUCCUCGACGAAUUCCACAAUAUCCAUAAAGUUUGGUCGAAAUCGCUUCAGAUUUAGAUAUAGCUCCCAUGUAUAUGUUAGUCAGAUUUUGGGUAAUUUGUUGUCAUUUAUCAACCGUUGUUCUUACAUUCUGAACAUAUUUGCUUUGCCCAAAAUUUGAUGCAAGAAUUUUAAUAAUCUAUCUGGAUACAUCCACCGAGGUCCAUUAAAAUUGGUUCAGAAUUAUAUGUAGCCCCUCUUUUGUGUUUAUAGGGUAGUUGUAGGGUAUUAUAAAGUCGGCACCGCCCGACUUUUGCCUUUCCUUAUUGGUUUUUUUUGAAACUUUAGCUGGUUUACUAAAGUAAAGGGAAAACAAAAUCUCUUUCUGCAUUAGUAUUUUCCAAAAAGACAAAAAUAACAGAGAUUAAGGGAAUGCGGUCAUCUUAACAAAAACACCAUACUGAAAAGGUUUAAAAAAAAUAUUUUUUUACAGCAUGAGUUAUUUAAAUCUAGUUUUUAGUGUAAAAUAAUUGAAAAAAAAACAAUUGUGUUUCUAAUUAUAAUACAAAAAAUUGAGGAAAGAAAAGAAAACCAGUAUGUACUUGAAAUGACAUAAAUCCCCCCCACAAAAAAAACUCCUCAUCUUUUUCCCAAUACUUUUUCAAAACUUUUUACUAAUUUUAUUUAUAUAGAAAAAAAAGAAUCCUUUUUUUUAUAAAUUCUCCCUUGUGAUUCUUGUGAUUGCUUCUAACCCAAUUUCCUAAAGGUCUCUAUUUUGUGUGAUUCUUCUUGUUUAAUUUUAUUUUUUUUUUUUGCUUUUUUUUAAACCUAAAAAUUAAAACCUUUAAACGAUCUUCAUUUAUAUGUUAGUCUGUCGGCUUUUUUUGUAAUGCUAUCAAAGGCUUUGGCUUAUAAACUUUUAAUAUAUUGAAUGUCUCAUUAUCUACCAUACAUUUCUUUGCGUAAGUAACAUAAUUUUGUUCGUUUCAAAAAACAAAAAAAGAAAAUUUCAACCACAAAACU